AUGAUGCACAGAGUUGGUUUUAACGUUAUCGGUAGAAGAUCCUUUUUCACCGUUAAUGCCAGACGUCAGGUGUUGAAAUCCAGUUUCAUGGGUUUAAAGCCCUUGCAACUAACGGCCCUUCUGCUUGCCGGUAGUGCCGGUUACUUGUACUUCAUGAAUGCUAGAUCAGCUAUUCAUGAGUAUGUCGUUUGUCCAGUGGUUAGAUUGAUUACUCCUGACCCAGAAAACGGUCACAAGUUGGGUAUAUGGUGUUUCAAAUGGGGUCUUUCUCCAAAGUUGUACUUUGAUAAGGAUCCUGAAUCCCUACACGUUAAUGUUUUCGGUACCACCAUGACUAACCCAAUUGGCUGUGCAGCUGGUUUAGAUAAGGAUGCUGAAGCCAUCGAUGGUAUUAUGCCAACUGGUUUCGGCUACAUGGAAGUCGGCUCUGUCACCCCAGUUGCUCAACCAGGUAACCCAAGACCAAGAUUUUUUAGAUUGCCUGCAGAUGAUGCUGUUAUCAACAGAUAUGGUUUUAACUCAAGUGGUCACGACGUUGUUUACAACAACUUGAUGAAGCGUGUUAACAAGUUCUUAAACUCAUACUUUGGCGACAAAUCUAUUGACAAACUAUCUCUAUACAAAGACAAAUUGCUUGCUGUGAACCUUGGUAAAAACAAGAAUGGUGACGAAGUGAAGGACUACUUGAAAGGUGUCGAAAAGUUCCAAUCAUUAGCCGAUGUUCUUGUCAUUAACGUCUCUUCCCCAAACACCCCAGGUUUGAGAGACCUUCAAAACGAAGCCAAACUAACUAACCUUCUAUCUGAAAUCAUCACCAAAAGAGACUCUCAAAGCAAUAAGCCAAAUGCGUUGGGUAAACAAAACCACAAGCCUCCUGUUUUGGUCAAAAUUGCACCAGAUUUAACUGAACCAGAACUACAAUCCAUUGUUGAAGCUGCUAAGAAGUCUAAGGUUGAUGGUAUUAUUGUCUCCAACACCACUAUUCAAAGACCAAACACUUUGAAGACUCAGGAUGAGACUUUGAGAAACCAAGUCGGUGGGUUGUCUGGUAAGCCAUUGAAGCCAUUUGCCUUGAAGGCCAUGAAAGCCGUAUCCAAAUACGCCAAAGAUUCUGACUUAGUCUUGGUUGGUUGUGGUGGUAUUUCUUCUGGUAAGGAUGCCAUUGAAUUCGCUAAAGCAGGUGCUACUUUUGUUCAACUUUACACUUCAUAUGCUUAUGUUGGCCCAGCUUUGAUUGCUAGAAUCAAGGACGAAGUCGCUGAAGAAUUGAAGAAGGAAGGUAAAACUUGGAUGGAAAUAAUUGGUGAAGACAACAAAUAA